UCCAGUGAGAAUUGGAGUGUGACAAGUUAGCCAGGGAGAAAAAAAAAAAAAAAAGAAAAAAAAAAAAAAAGAAGUUGUACCUUCUGUUCCAUGGAUCCCUUGGGUGCUCCUUCCCAAUUUGUGGAUGUUGAUAGUUUGCCAAGUUGGACUGAUGUCUAUGAGGCUAAGCAUCUGGACUCUCAUGAAAACUCUGCUGAAAGAGCUCAAGUCAAUGUUAGAUCACCUUUUCCAUAUAGGAAAGACAUCAAUGCAAAAAUAAUCUUAUGGAAAGGAGACGUAGCACUACUGAACUGCACAGCCAUAGUAAAUACUAGCAAUGAGUCUCUCACAGAUAAGAAUCCAGUAUCUGAAAGUGUCUUCAUGCAUGCUGGGCCUGAUCUGAGGGAUGAACUCCAGAAGCUCAAAGGGUGCAGGACAGGGGAGGCCAAACUCACCAAAGGAUUUAAUUUGGCUGCACGAUUCAUCAUUCACACAGUGGGACCCAAAUACAAGAGCCGAUAUCGCACAGCAGCUGAGAGCUCCUUAUACAGCUGUUACCGCAAUGUCUUGCAGCUUGCAAAGGAACAGGCAAUGUGCUCGGUAGGAUUCUGUGUCAUAAACUCUCUGAAAAGAUGUUACCCUUUGGAGGAUGCAACCCACAUAGCACUGCGUACUGUCAGAAGGUUCUUGGAGAUUCAUGGGGAGACCCUGGAGAAGGUGGUGUUUGCAGUCUCUGAGCUUGAAGAGGCCACUUACCAGAAGCUGAUGCCUCUGUAUUUUCCAAGAUCAUUGGAAGAAGAAAUACAAUCCUUGCCUUGCCUCCCUGCAGAUAUUGGCAAUGCAGAAGGAGAGCCAGUAGUACCAGAGCGGCAGAUCAGGAUUACUGAAAAGCCAGGUGUUCCAGAUGAUGCUUCGGAUGAAGAAGGGCUGGAGGCAGAUUUGUCUUUCAUUGGUUCUCACGCUUUUGCUCGUAUGGAGGGAGAUGUUGAUAAACAGAGACGCCUCAUCCUGCAGGGACAGUUGUCAGAGGCAGCAUUGCAAAAACAGCAUCAGAGGAAUUACAAUCGUUGGCUGUGUCAGGCAAGAGCUGAAGACCUAUCUGAUAUUGCUUCCCUUAAAGCCUUGUAUCAGACAGGUGUGGAUAACUGUGGUCGCACAGUUAUGGUAGUUGUUGGAAGGAAUAUUCCUGUAACAUUGAUAGACAUGGAAAAGGCUCUUCUGUAUUUCAUCCAUGUCAUGGAUCAUAUUGCAGUGAAGGAAUAUGUCCUGGUGUACUUCCAUACGCUCACAAAUGAUUACAAUCAACUAGACUCUAAUUUCUUGAAGAAACUCUAUGAUGUUGUUGAUAUCAAGUACAAGAGGAACUUGAAGGCACUGUAUUUUGUCCACCCAUCAUUUCGUUCAAAGGUCUCGGCGUGGUUUUUCACAACGUUCACCGUCUCAGGGCUAAAGGACAAAAUCCACUAUGUGGAAAGCCUUCAGCAGUUAUUCACAGCCAUACCCCCAGAGCAGAUUGAUUUGCCUCCCUUUGUCCUCGAGUAUGAUGCGAGGGAAAAUGGGCCUUACUAUUCCUCUUAUCCCCCAUCUCCUGACUUGUGAUCUGCAGCCCUGCAAUACUGCUGGUUUCCCAUGGAUCCAUGAUCUGAUGCCUGCUGAUAUCAUGUGCAUUUGCUCAUGUACAGAAUUCAGAGAGAGGGUUUUCCUUCCCUAGCUCUGAUAUUUUUUUACUGAGAUAUUUUCAAGCACUCAAGCAAUCAGAGAACUUUAUGCCACUGUGAACUGUACAACUAUUUCAAAUAUAUUUAUCUAAUGAAAAGUUUGAUUUCAUGAUCACUAGGUGCAUUUUAUUUUCUUCUUUUUUUGAAGCUAUUAUGUUUUAUUCCUGAAUAGACUUACUCUUUUCUGGGAAAUCCAUCAAAAACAUUUGAUCAUGUUUUUAUGUAGUAUUAUGAUUUUCCAGCUCCAUUUGCAAUACCCAUUUUUGACUGGUCUGUAUAAAUGUUGUACAGCUCCAGCCUGACAUGUUGCUUAUCAUACCGUCUCUAUGCUUCCUAUCUGAUUAUUUCCCUUUCUGUUAGUGCUGAUUUCUCUGGUCUUGACCCAUCAGAAGUAUCUGACAUUGGGAAUACCACUUCUGCAGGCUGAACAAAGUACUACAGCCAAGAAAAGAUUACUGCAACACUUCAAGUGCUAGGUGAGCUAGGAGCCUGAUAACAGUCCCUGUCAGUUUUCCUUGGAUGAUGUGACAUGUCAGGAUUUCACUACCUGUGGAAUAAGAAUAAAGAAUAAGAAUAAAAUUUGAAAAACA